CAAGCAAAAAAACAUUAAUUUUUCUAUUAAUUUGUGUCUUAAGCUAUAAAAUUAACUUAAAACUCAUAUAAAAAUACACGUUGCUAUGUCGGCCAAGCAGAACUCCAGGAAAUCCAAAUGGGCGCUGGACUUUAAUGUCAGUAAAAAUGCGGACAUACCUUCACCCGCAGGCUAUAAUCCUACAGCGCUGGUCAAUCAGACUGAAAUAGUACGUGAUCAGCGUUUAGUCAUUAAAAAAUCAUGGGAUUUGGCCUUAGGACCACUUAAACAGAUACCCAUGAAUCUGUUCAUUAUGUACAUGUCCGGCAAUUCAAUUUCUAUCUUUCCCAUCAUGAUGGUGGGCAUGAUGUUAAUACGCCCCAUUAAGGCAAUGUUCACCACACAAGUUACCUCGAAGAUGGCUGAAGGAGCCCAGGGAACGGGUCAGCGUAUUGUCUACAUUCUGGGUAAUCUGGCCAAUGUCGGUCUAGCUCUGUACAAAUGCCACAGCAUGGGCCUCUUACCGACGCAUGCUUCGGAUUGGCUUGCGUUUGUAGAGCCCCAGACGCGUCUAGAAUACUAUGGCGGAGGCAUCUCAUUCAUCUAGAAUGUACAAGUUGGCCAAAACAAUUGUCAUAUGUUUUAUUGAUCAUAAUUUAGUAACAUUUAACAUCGCUUUAUUGGACCAUAGAUAAAUUUUGUUCAAACUUAACACAAAAAUGAAA